AUGUCCUCUAUCUUUCAAGAUCGAUCGCUUUUGGACGCUUUCAAGCGCGCCGCUUUCAGCAAACCCACCCUUUCAAGCCCCCAUGCGUUCACAGUGGACGUCCUAGAUUCGGUCCAGGCGUCUGAUGGUCGUUACCAAUUAAUCUCGCGAAAGGUCACCGUACCUGAACUAGAGCAGUUGCCUGUACCUGUACUACGAAUCAUCUUCUCGCCCCUAGACUUGCCAAGCAGUGCCACUGCUGAAGGACUUCUCUGGCUCUUUGAUCACUAUGCUACGCCGUCUGCAUUCCUUGCGGGUCGAUUGCGGUCGGUCACGCACUCGUUUGGGGCUUUAAACUCCAUAAAUGGCUAUAAUUGCUCCUGGUUCCACUAUUUGUGUAAGAACAUCACGGUGACUCAUGAUGCUCAUGGCAAGGCGCGGAUAUCCGAUCCCAGGCCGGGAGCUCCACAGAUGCAGCACGGCGACUCGACGUGGAUACGGUCAGGGUAUUUUCUCCGGUGGGCAGUGGGUUCGAAUCGUGAUCCAGAAGUAACGCUUCUCUGUUUCGGGGCGUCUAUCUCUCUUAAAGGACGGCUUCAAGAUAUUCCACCAUCGUCAAUAAAUACCAACGUCGUCCGUGACCCGUACAGUCUCUUUGCCAUCAUCUUAGAGGAGCUAUCUUUGCAAAUGGACAAUACCGUUUGGGAUGUUAUGGAUGUCUUUCGCCAUAUUGAACUGAACACCCUGACCACGAUGAAGGAUAGGGAGUCUUUCACUGGGCUGCAUAAUGUUUCCAAGCAUAUCCUAUUUCUCCAAGAGAGCUCUGAAGCUACAAUGCUCACUUUAAAAAAGCUGUCCUCGAAUCAUCAACAAAUCCUGGAGGACGUCCCUGACGGGGACCGCCAUGCCACUGAAAUGGCACAGGGAAUGCUGACGCACGCGGAGACUCAGUUCCAGUCUAUCAGUCUGCGGCUGAAGAGUCUUGAAAAGCGGAUGGGCAACGUCAUUGCAUUAUCCUUCCACCUCGUCACGCAAGACGGCAAUCAAAUCAUGCAGACAGACAGCAGUUCCAUGGCCACCAUUGCAUUCGUGACACUUGUCUUUUUACCAGUGUCAACUGUAUCGACCAUAUUCGGAAAUCAAUUCUUCAAUUUCGACCCUGUGACGAUCCGCAUAUCACAAAGCUUCUGGAUCUUCUGGGUAGUGUCCAUCCCGCUGACCCUCCUCGUUCUUUUCGUCUGGCGUGUUUCCAAUAAGGGCUUGCCAUCCGGAUUGUACGAUGCAUUUAAUAUGGGGAGGUGGCGAAAAAGUCGGUAA